AUGCCUCACAAACACAAGAGACGCGGCGAAGCCGAUAAAGAACUCUUCAACCUCCCCCCAACAGAAAUCGCAAAAGCCCUCCCAGUCCGCGAUGCCAGCAAGCCAAAGCUAGGCAAAGGCGGCAAGAAGCAAGGCGGCAAAAAACCACAAUCCAAAGACCAAAACCCCAGCGCCAACAAAGCGCCCACCCACCGGCGCAAAAAUGUCUCCGAAGACGACACGCCCAAAGCCUUCCUCCGGCUCAUGCAAUACCAGCAAACCGGCCGCCGAGCCCCGUCAGGCUUAGAAACCGGCGAACGCAGCAAUAAGCGCAAGCGCAAGGCUGACGACAAAGACACGAAAGAGUCAUCCAAGAAGACCGCCCGUGUAGCUGAGACGAACAAGGCCCAAACCAACACCAGCUCGAAGGACAAGCCUGAGAUGCCGAAGAUUAUGCCCGGCGAGCGUCUGGCUGAGUUCGCGGCUCGUGUGGACCGGGAAAUGCCGCUGUCGCAGAUGACGAAGUCUGUUAAGUCUGGGGAUGGGAAGGCUAAGGAGCAGCAUAAGCAGACGAAGCACGAGAAGCACCUGCGGAGGUUGCAGAAGGGGUGGAGGGAGGAGGAAGCUAAGAUUCGGGAGAGGGAGCAGGAGGAGCGGGAGGAGAGAGAGGAUGAGAUGGAGGUUGAGUUGCAGCAGUGGAAGGAGUGGGAGAUUGAGGCUGGGAAGAAGAAGAAGAAGAAUGCUGCGCAGAAGAAGAAGGGGAAGGGGAAUGGGGGGAGGAUGAUAUUGAAGAAGAAGGAUGAGGAGAGGAAGAAGAAUCCGUUUGAGGUUGCGAAGGCGCCGCCUCAGUUGGUUAAGCCGAGGGAGAUCUUUAAGGUGCGUGGUGGGGCUAAGGUUGAUGUUGCCAAUGUGCCGGCUGCUGUGGGUAGUUUGAGAAGGCGUGAGGAGUUGGCUGGGGAGCGGAGGAGUAUUGUUGAGGAGUAUCGGAAGUUGAUGGCUGCGAAGAGGCAGUGA